UGUUUCUCUCUCCAUCUUUUUUCUUUAAUUUUUUUUUUGCCUUCUGUUUUUGCGGCUCAUAAUAAACAUUCCAAUUUUAAACAGAAGACGCGGGAAGCGUUCCGCGGAAUAAUCUCGUCUGUUGAGUUCUGGGACGGUUAGUGACGGUUAGUGACGGUUAGGCGCUCAACUCCCGCGCGGAUCUGAAUCAUGUGAAGCGCCGCUGACUGAAGCGAACCGGACCGAAAGGAAGCGGAAACCCUGACUCCCGCCGGACUGAUCGCGCGCUGAUCGGAUGGAUUGAUCAGGAUUGAUCAGGAGCGACGCAGGUGCGGCAGGAUGAGCAUGAGGGAUCUUCAGAGAGUUCUCACUCAGGUCCUGCUGCUGGUUCUCCUGGGAUCUCCAGCACAAUCCAGGGAACAUCAGGUGGUGCGUGCCGUGCGGAUGGGAACGUGUGAGGUCGUGGCGUUACACCGAUGCUGCAAUAAGAACAAGAUUGAGGAGCGUUCGCAGACCGUCAAGUGCUCGUGUUUCCCGGGACAAGUGGCAGGAACCACCAGAGCCGCUCCAUCCUGCGUAGACGCCUCUAUAGUCCAGCAGAAGUGGUGGUGUCAGAUGCAUCCGUGUCUGGAUGGAGAGGACUGUAAAGUGCUGCCGGAUCUCAAAGGAUGGAGCUGCGCUACAAGGAAUAAGAUCAAGACCACAAAGAUCUCCUCAGACCGGGAUCAGCUCUGGUAACCGCUGGAAACCCGAUACAGAGACGCUCAUCUGUUGUGUGUCGAGGAGUCAUUCAGAGAUUCAGAGACGGGAAAAUCCCAGGAUCUGCAGUGAACGCUCAGCGCUGGUUUGUGACGGUCAUUAAUCAGCGGCUCAGACCUUCUCGUUAUUAACCAUGAUUGAGCUGACGGAUCAGCAUCCGGACCGAUGAAGGUCACGGAGCUCCACCAAAACAUGAACUUCAUCAGGAUCCAGAUGGAGAAUGGGAAAGAAAAAAAACAGAUGAACACUUUGUUCCCGCAUUUCUUGAAGUUCUAAUAUGAAUGUUCAUAUAUCCUCAUAUCAAAGAAGACUCCAGCAGGUUUUUUCUGCACUGCAGAUGCUUUAUCUGUGUGUAAAUGAUGCAUCGGCUCAUAAUAAACCAUGA